AUGGUAAAGCAAGGAAUUGUUCUAGGUCAUGUUGUUUCUAAUACUGGUAUAUCUGUUGAUCUUGCAAAGGUUGAUGUUAUUUCUAAUUUACCUUACCCCUUCUCUGUGAGGGAAGUCCGUCCUUUUCUUGGCCAUGCAAGUUUCUACCAGUGUUUCAUCAAGGACUUCAGUAAGUGGUUGGAAGCAAUUCCUACCCAUACUGAUGAUGCUAACGUGGUUGUUUCUUUUGUGCAAAAUAACAUUAUUUUCCGCUUUGGAUCACUACGAGCGAUCGUGAGUGAUCAAGGCUCUCAUUUUUGUGACAAAAGAAUGUCAGCUUUGAUGAAGAAACAUGGCAUCAUUCACAAGGUGGCAACGACUUAUCAUCCCCAAACAAAUUGCCAGGCUAAAGUGUCUAAUAGAGAGAUCAAGCGCAUACUCAAGAAGAUUGUUAAACCUCAUAGAAGGAAUUGGAGCUCUAGGCUUAGAGAUGCGCUAUGGGCUUAUCAGACAGCUUACAAGACAGUGAUUGGCAUGAGUCCAUUCCAACUAGUCUAUGGAAAGGAUUGUCAUCUUGCGGUAGAGGUGGAAUACAAGGCUUAUUGGGCUGUGAAGGAAUGUAACUCAGGAUUUGGGGGGAGCCAGAAUUGA